AUGCUGCUUGAGAGCACGUCCCCAGGGCCUAGUCAGCACUUAUCGGAAAGCGUCACCAAUUCCUCCAGCACUCAUCUACUGGCAUCGGCGAAUGAUACUUCACCACCCCACAAUAAUACCCCGGCACCAGAAGCCCACUCAGUACUAACACGCCUAUACAUCUCACACGCACUCUCAGCAUGGAAUUCACGCAUGUUCGAAUUCGGCGCCGUGCUUUUCCUAGCUUCGAUCUUUCCGGGCACACUACUGUAUGCUUCGAUAUACGCUCUAGUGCGGGCAUUUUCAACCGUCGCGCUAUCGUCCUGGCUGGGUGCGCAAGUUGAUCGUUCAGACCGGCUCGUAGCCGUGAGAUAUUCGAUUGUCUCUUGGACGCUUACAAUUGUCCUGUUCGUUUUCCAGGGCCUGCUGGCUUGUAUAGAGAAAUUGGCCGCUACGGCUAAUACAGUGGCUGUGGAACGGGACUGGGCCAUCGUGAUCUCGGAUAGUAUCAAUGUCCCUCGACAAGACCUGAACGCCUCAAUGAGACGAAUAGAUCUCAUCUGCAAGCUCCUAGCACCAGUAUUCAUCUCCUUGGUCGACAGCAUAUCAACCCGAUACGCAAUAUGGACAGUAUUCAUCCUAAACACCACGUCCGUGCUGGUCGAAUACAUGGCCAUUGCCCAGGUCUACCAAUCAGUCCCAGCCCUGACCAAAACACAUACUAUACCACAAGCAGAUGAUAUAACUAGCGAGAGUGCGGCCCCUGACCAAAAUCCAUCUGGCAAACCCCACUCGUUGCCGGACUCACCACUAGCACCCUGGAAAGAAUACAUAGCCAGCCCCGUCUUCCUAGCAUCCCUCGCCCUAAGCCUCCUCUACCUAACAGUCCUAUCCUUCGGCGCAACAAUGGUCACAUACCUGCUACAUGCGGGUUUCACCUCGUUACAGGUCAGUUACAUGCGCAUCGGCUCCGUAGUCGCCGAGCUAUCCGGCACAUGGACAGCGCCUAUAAUCAUGAACCGAAUCGGUCCGAUUCGGUCCGGGCUGUGGUUCCUGAAUUGGCAAUUUGCCUGCGUUGCAGGUGCGGCUGUGGCGUUCGUUGCUUGGGACUCGAGUUCGCGGGUCGUGGCGGGUACGCUGAUUGCGGGUGUGGCUUUGAGUCGGGUUGGACUUUGGGGAUUUGAUUUGUCUGUCCAGUUUCUUGUUCAGGAGAAUAUCAACGAACAUGCCCGUGCCCGCUUCUCGGCGACUGAAAUGGCCCUGCAGAAUGUUUUCGAGAUGCUUUCUUUUGCAUCGACGAUUGCUUUCCCGCUGCCGGCUCAGUUCAGGUAUCCCGUGAUGAUCAGUUCGGGGGCUGUGGCGGUUGCUGCUGUUUGUUUUGCGGCGUAUGUGCGCAGAGAACGGGGCCAUUUACUGCAUCGAUCGCGGUGCAUGGGUGGUGAUAAAGUGUUAUAUCGAGCCGUUGGGUCUGGGGAGGUUUAG